AUGAGUCUAAUCAAGUGUUCGAAGUCCAAUGGGUCCCUGCCCAAAGGGAACUUCUCCCUUGUCAGGAAGGUUGUCCACCUCAACCUUGGGCCCACCUUGGAAGAAAGGCCAGCUUGCAGUGGGGUGCCUGGUAUGCCCCAGCAGGCCCUCAGGGCCAUCAGCGGGGUGGGCAAUGUGCCGGGACAUCCCCCGCCAGGGCAUCCCUCCAGCGGCCAAGACAUCUCCAACUGCGCUGUGGGUUUAGCCCCGCGAUGUCUUCUUCCUUUUCACAGAAUCCAACUGAUGCAGUACGUCAUCUACGGCAUCGCGUCCUUCUUCUUCUUGUACGGGAUCAUCCUGUUGGCAGAGGGCUUCUACACCACCAGCGCAGUCAAGGAGCUGCAUGGCGAGUUUAAGACAACCGCCUGUGGCCGCUGCAUCAGCGGGAUGUUCGUUUUCCUCCCCUAUGUGCUGGGAGUGGCCUUGCUGGGGAUGUUCAGUUUCUCCACCACAGUGCUGGUAUUCAUGCUGUACAACAUAUGGUCCACCUGUGAAGACAUCAGCCCCCAGAGCAAUGGGACAGCCAGGGUGGAGCAAAUCUGCGUGGACAUCUGGCAAUACGGCACCAUCCCUUGGAACGCCUUCCCCGGAAAAAUACGUGGCUCCGCCCUGGAGAACACCUGCAACACCAACGAGUUCUACAUAUCCUACUACCUGUUCAUCGUGGCCUGCGUGGGAGCUGGUGCUGGCCUGAUCCACUUCUUCAUGAUACUGUCUUCUAACUGGGCUUACUUAAAGGAUGCAAGCAAAAUGCAGGCUUACCAGGAUAUCAAAGCAAAGGAAGAACAGGAACUGCAAGAUAUCCAGUCUCAGUCAAAAGAACAACUCACUUCUUACACACAAAGGUCUGCCAGAGGGUCUCAGCCGACGAGUUGACAGCUCUGACAAAUCACCAGACAGCUGCUCUGCAGUCCAGAUGUGUUCCCCACCCAACAAACUCAUGUACCAGUCCCAACACUUCAUUGUCUGUCUCAAGCUGCCAGGGUGUGUUUCUAGGAAAACCUUCCAGUACGUAAAUCUUUUUCUUUAGAACAGAUAUCGGAGGUGUCACGUGAGCCAUUUUAAAAGGCAACACUUUGACAAAAUGAUGGUUCAUCCUUUUGAACCUUG